UUUUGUCGUCCUUCUUCAGCCGUCAACAACACUCGAUAGUUUGACCAAGUUUAGCGAGGAAGACUAAAUAAACGUCGAAUUAUUUAGCAAGAACUUGUCAUAUCCGCCAUGUUGAGACUCAACUUCAGGCGGGAGAAAGACAAAGAAUACAAACACAUCGCCCAUGGUUUGAUCCCUGCUGCCUCCAUUGCCCCCAAAGCUGCUGUGCCUCGUACCCCACCCCCACGCAGCCCCAACCCCUCACCUGAGAGACCCAGAUCGGCCUUAGCCGCGGCCAUCUUGUCUUCAUCGCUCACCGGACAGACCUGGGCGCUGCCCCCGACUCGCCCAAGGUCUUUCUCUGAGGCCCAACGAUCCGCCUCCUUCGUUUCGGAGCCGAACAUCAGCACCGCACUUUUCACACGGGAUCGAUGGUCGGAAGACUUUGCUGCUCGCCCGCGUCUGUCCUGGCCUGACCACUCUGAGGAGGAUGACCAAGAAGACCGGCUGCUGAGCGGCGUCGCUGCAGAAGUCGUUGGUGCUGCGCCCCUGGAACACUCGGCUGAGACUCCCCAGGCCAGUCCCAUGUUGUCCAGCAGGGAGUCUUCUUCUCCAGAAUCCCCGCAGCAAAGAGGUGUAGAUCUUCCUAAAGCCAGCAGUGUUGUCUUAAAGAAGAAAGUGUCAGUGAAGAGGAGCUCCAGGAGCCAUGGAGAAGAUGUUCCACUCAUCAGCCAGCAGGGCGGCGCCAAAAGACAACCAAAAGAAGCGGCCAACCUGCCAUCUUCUGACAGCCUGCGGGGGAGGGGCGCUCUCAGGGCCUUGAAGGUGGAGAACGCCAAGUUGGAGGCGGAGCUGCGACGCCUGCAGCAGGAAGUUACUCGUAGCCCCGCCUCCACGUCCACUACAGGCAUGCAGACACAACUGCACACUCUGAGACAACAAACCCAGGAGCUGCUGGACCAAAACGACGCCCUCAAACGUAACAUUCAUCCCCUGAAUGCAGAGAUGACACACUCCAAGCAGGAGGCGGAUUUGAAGCCUUUCUCUCCCCGCGCCUUGGCCUACGAGGACAUGCUGAAGGAGAAGGAUGCACUGCUGCACACCACGGAGGACGAGGUGAAGCGUUUGAGAGCGCGCCUGGAAGAAGUGGCCAAAGAAAACAAGAGACUUCACGGGGAUCUUGCCAAGACCGGAGGGAUGAGCCCAGACGACCGCCUUCAAGUGCAGCAGCAGGCCCUGCUGGUCUUGCAGGAGAAUCACUUCCUGAGCCAACAGCUGGAGGCGCUGCAUGUUAAGACCAAGGACCACCACAGCAAACACCUGGCUGAAGUGUCCAAAGUGUCCAAGCAGCUGAUACUGAUGGAGGCGGAGAACCAGCGUUUGCAGGAGGAGCUGGACGGGAGCAGGAGGGAGGAGCAGAGCCAGAAGAAGGAGGUGCUCCGUCUGCGAGGCCUCCUCAAGGACGCCGUCGCCUGGGAGGAACACUGCAACAUUGCUGGGAGACUCAGGCGGCAGCUCGAGCAGGAGCAGAGCAGGAACGCGGAGGAGAUGGAGGAGGUGCGCCUCCAAGCGUCCGGCCUGCAGGUGCACAACCGCAGUCUUUUGGCGGACAACGCCAAGCUGACGGCUGACGUGCAGAGAAUGGAGGCGGAGCUGGAGCUGAGCAGACAAGCCAACAGGAAGGCGGAGAAGAAGCUGAGCGCACUGAAGCACCAGAAGGACGAGUGUGCGCUGAAAGAGGAGAAGACCAGGAAUUACCUGGAAUCUGUCCUGGCUGUGGCCGACGGGAUCUCCCAGGAGCGAGACCAGCUACUACACAUGGCGUCGACGCUUCAGCAGGAAAAGCGGGAGUUCCUCGGCAAGAUGGUGAACGGCACCAUUCAAUUCGGAAAGCUGGAGGAGCGCGUCAAGGUGUACCGCAAGCAGGCGUCCAGCCGACUGGCGGCGCUGGAGGAGGCGGCGGAGGGCAAGGCGGCGUCCUACCACAGGGAGGUGGUGCACCUGCAGAGUCUGCUGGCGGAGAGGCAGCAGGCGGAGGAGAGGCUGCUGCAGUCCAAACGGGCGGUGGAGGAGGAGCUGGAGGUGGUGUGGCAGGCGGCUACCAGGGAGAACCAGCACAUCAAAGACACUCUGUGGGACUCCAGGCCCAUAGGAGACCUCCUUGCUGACCGGCCUCUCGGAGCAGCCCACAAGUCCUCGGACCACCUGGACGUCUACACCUAGAGGAACUCCUCUUGCAUCCCUCAGGCAACUUUUCUAUUUUCAUCCUCACGCAGUGGAACACUUCUUAAGGUCAGCCUCACAUGUAAAAAAGAAUUAAUCUGUUCCGGGGUCAAACUGCAGCCGUGAAACUCUUAUUUGCUGACAGAUUCUGAAGUGUUGACAUGUGUCAAAGGAGGAUUGGUAGUUCAAAUGACCUUUUGGUGUCCAAAGUGCGGCCCCCGGCUAAUGAUUUAACAGCCUGCAGCACAUUCUGGAACUACUGUUAAACUCGGGAAAAAUAACAUUUCAAGUGGAAUAAAAGAGCAAACGUGUGAAAUGUAACGAGUUGCAAAGUUGACUCUAAUGACACAAAGCUGACAUUUUUAAAAUGUCUGUUAGAAUAAUUGUUUCUAAAUGAUCACAAAAACUUUGUAUUACAUUGAGUUCCUGACAAGAAGACAAAAGCUGUCUUUGAAACCUACCAAGAGUAAGGCUCGUAAAACUCCACUGUGUAGGGGGGGGGAGCAAGAUGAAGGUGUUCCUGUUUUCUCUCAUGUAAGGUAAUCAACAGAAAGAUAUUGUUCUAACCCAAGGACUUCAAAGCGGAGAGAACCAAGGAUCUGCCCAAUUUCCAGACGACCUCUUUUUGAACUAUUUUAUGGACCUCUUUUUGAAGUAUUUUAUGAACUCUCUUUGUUUUUUAAUUAUUAUAUUAUUGUGAUUAAGGGCUAUAUAAAUACAUUUUCAUUGAUUUGACAAAAUGGGCAU